UUGAGAAAUGGAAGAAAUGUCAAAUUGUUCUUUGAUAGGGUGGGUCUCCGCUUAGACUAACGUUCCAUCUCGAGAACCUUGGAAGGAUGGGAGAAAGAAACUUAAGUAGACAGGAAAAGAUAAAGCACGAUUUCUUCCUGCCUCCACUUAUGCAGCACCGCUACGCACUGGAAAAAUGUAUUGGGGAAGGAGCAUAUGGUGUCGUUUGUGCUGCCAAAGACAACCAGACUGGUCAACGAGUCGCUAUCAAGAGAGUACUUAAAGUCUUCGAAGAUGUUUCGGAAGCCGUAAGAAUACUGAGGGAACUCAAGUUCCUCAGACUUCUUGACGGUCACCCGAACGUUUGCAAGCUGGUGGAUGUGCUUGUACCUAGUAACAAAGACAACUUUGACGACGUAUUCCUUGUUAUGGAACUAAUGCCUACGGACUUGAAGCGCGUACUUACCAAAAUGCCAGAUGAGCUAUCAGAUGAUCAUAUUCGCUGGAUAAUGUAUCAAGUGUUUUGUGCUCUAAAUUACAUCCACAGCGCGAAAGUUCUUCAUCGUGACCUGAAACCAAACAACAUUCUCAUCAAUUCAGACUGUGAUUUGCGACUUUGUGACUUCGGUUUGGCGAGAGCAGAAUUUGAUACGGAGAAUAUCGUAAACUGGACAGGCUAUGUCGAAACUAGAUGGUAUCGUGCUCCUGAAAUUAUUUUAACAAACUACACACGAUAUUCUACGUCAAUAGAUAUAUGGUCGGCGGGUUGUAUUUUAGGUGAAAUGUUGAAUAGAGGAGUUCCUUUAUUUAGAGGUACAAACUCACCGAAUCAGUUGGAAGUCAUCGUCAAAUUGCUCGGGAAACCUACCGCUGAAGCAAUAUCACAAGUUCGAAGCGAUAGAGCAAGAGCACUUCUUAUGCAGAUGCCUGCUAGGACAACGCCUAAACUGGAAGAAAUGUUUCCAAGAGCGCACCAUGAAGCUCUUUCGCUGUUGAAGAGACUAUUGGAGUUUGACCCUCGGAAGCGACCUUCUGCGGCACAAGUAUUAGAUGAUCCUUAUUUUGCAAAAGUUUGACUUUGAGAGGCGACGUCUUUCUGCC